CUGUGGGAUCCCGAAAUAUUCUCUCAGAAGAUGCAGGAUUAUGUGUUAGGUUUGCUUUCUUUGAUUUGCAGUCUCAAAGGCCUAACUUGUACACCAUGGACAAUGAAAGUACAGCAUCAGGUCAAUAGCACAUUGGGACAAAAUGUGAUUCUACCUUGCAUCUUCACACACCCAAAACAAAAUAGUUACAAAGGUUAUAUAACUAUUAAAUGGAUACAGAGCAACGUACAUAAACCGAUUUUUCAGUGCAUGUUUUAUCAGACCAAAGAACAAGACAGUAACUGUAUUGAUCCAACAUCUUCAAAACGACACUUGCUUCAAGGCAACCACAGAGAAGGAGACAUUUCCUUAAGGAUCAAUAAUGUAGAUUUGACUGAUGCCUCACAGUACACCUGUAGGGUGGAGCUGGAUUAUAAUAGAUUUGAGAAAAACACGAUGCUUAAUGUCAACGCUCCAGCACAAAUCCUUAGCCUAUCCUUGGAUUUAGAUGAUGUGAAUAUGAUGGUGAAAUGCAUUGCCCAAGGGAAUCCAGUUCCUGAAGUGAAAUGGACCUCGUCAUCUGGACCAAUAGAACACUCUCCAAUCAAAGUUGGCUACAAAGUCAUCAGCUUCAUUCCAUUCUCUGACCAGGACGUGUACACCUGCCAAUCUGUAAACUCACUGGGCCAGGAUGAGAAAACAUUUCCGAACCAAAAUACAAAUCAAAAUUGUACUGGUCUUUCGGUGAUAACUGGCAUUCUGGUGUGUUUGCUGUUGCUUGGGCUUGUAGCGUUCAUUUUGGAUGUGGUGAAAAGAAGACAAAGUGCACAGGGAAUAAUGCUACGGGAUAUGGGUGCACAGAGGGUUAAACCCUCAAUACAUAAAGCUAAUGAGACAGUUUAUGCCAAUAUCAGCACUUGUCCAGUUGGUGAAACUAGACAAGUUGACUCAACAGAGGCACUGGGAGAGGGAGCAAAGGUUGAAAUGAUUCCCAUGGCCCCAAAAAAUCAGUCGCAGAGACAUCCAGGACCCUCACCAGACACUGAAGAAAACUGAAAAGCGCUGAUCCAGAAGGACCAAUCACAUUUGUUUUUGAUUACUUUAUGAUAUAUAUUUUUUGAAAUCAUUGUAUAUGAUAUUUUUUAUGGUGUAAUUUGCUUC